AUGAAACACCUUUAUGAUUACUCGACAAAGGCAGGAUAUAUUCAAGAGCAUCGUCUUGCACUAAAUGUUAUACUACCGACCUUUACGAAACAUCAAUAUAAACCGGUUGCUUUUCAGGUGACCAUCAAUUGUUCGAAGCCAGAGAUCAUCGUUGGACAGACACCGUCGGCACCACACUAUUCGAACUUCGAAGGACAGUGUGUGAUUUGCUACGAGAACGUUGGCUCGGCCAAGAGAAAAGUCUACGAUGCCGUUGCACGUAGACAAUAUCGAGCGAACCACGAUUGUCUCAUUGAAUGGCUCAACUACCCUUCGGCCUGUCUCAAAGUGAUUGGCGGUGAUUUAGAUCGGGUAACACAGACAGUCAAUACACUGUUUAGCACCUGGAGAAACGGUGACUUCCCAACACUCAACCAACCACUUCAGACAGCAUCGUUGAUCGCCACCUACAAUCCAGACACUAGCAACUACGAAUUCAUGAUAUUCCCAAGAAAUGCUGAGCAACCACGUUUCCUAACGAGUGCAACACUCCAGUGUUUGAAGCGAGAGUUUGUUGGAAUCUUUGAACUCUGUGGCUAUGCCAUCUUACCUGCCAGACUAAAAGAUCAACUUGCAACAAUUAAGAGUGAACUUGUUAAGUACGAGUUAAACAAUAGCAAUUGCAGCAAUAACAAUAUAACCCCAUUCAAGUUGGAAACUGAUGAACUGAGCAUGUUCAAUGGUUGGUUAGAUAAAUAUUACUUCCCAUAUAGAAAAGAAAAUAGUAAUCUAACAACUGAAGAGGCAUUCGAUGAUACACUUCAAUACAGUUUUAUAGCUAUACUAAGAGAUAACAGUCCCAUUAAAGAUGAUGAAGAAUCAAUCAUUGAAUCAUGGAUAGAACAAUGUUCACUACCAAAUUGA